UUAGAUACCCUGAAUGUGAUAUUUAAGGCAACAGGUUCAUCUCCACUAGCACCAAACUCUAGUCUAGUCACUGCCAGACAGUAAAGUUAAUCGUAUUUAUCAUACCCAACAUCAUUUCGUAGAUGCCAAGCCCAAAAUGCAGGCUAGCAGUUUCCUAAAUGGUAAAGUUCUGCCUGUGAGGUCGUACGCAGGGCAAAAUUACAAACCCCUUUCAGAAUGCGCGGUUGAUUAGAAUAUAACUGUAGUCAACAACGCCAUUGUUUUGCUAACGUUAACGUAUAGGUUAACCUUACUAAAUGGGAGACAUGGCGAGCUCGCCAUCGUUUGCAGGAUGAUAUAAUGUCGGUCUUAUCUUAGUGUUUACAGACAAAUGCUUCCUGGACGCUAAACGAGCUGGAGCAGUUAGUGAAAACACAAUGAUAGCUAACGUUAGCUAAGUUAACCGUUAGCCUAGCAUCCAUUGCUGCUGCAAACAGUCGUAUAACGUUAACUGCCUUUGAAAGAUAAACUUAGUUAACGUUAGCGUUAGUUAACUUAAUGUUAAAUGGAGACGGAGUAUUCUAACCUGAGGAGACCAAAGAGGAAACUCUGCUAUCUCACAAACAAGACAAGUCCACCCAAAAAAUGGACAGACCCGCUGACAUUGGAGGACGUUGAUAAGAUUUUUGAUGACUUGGAUUCACCCUCACAUGUUAAAGAUGACCUUUUACCUUCGUCUAGUCUGCUUCCGACCUUUGAUACUGAGCCAAACCAGUGUGGCAGACAGGUUUCACCGCUCCCACAGGAUGGACAUCUAACAGAACAACUUCAGAGAUGCCAAAUGGGCCUUAAAGGUGAUUCAUUCCAUCCUGCAUCGGCACCCGGUCCUAAACCAGUAAUUGAUUUGGACGUCCCAUUUAAAGCACACAUGCCAGUGAAGACAUCCAGCCCUAUUGAAGAGAAGAUGGUUGUUGUUGAAGAGUUGGACAAUGAAAAACAUCACGUUGUAUCCCCAAUUCUCUUUGCCUGUGGAGAUGAAGGAGAAGAGGAGGCAAAGACGGAGCCCCUUCUCCUCCAAGAACCCCAGUGCAAUGGGCACGGCACAGAGGAAUAUCUUGACUAUGUGUUGGAGUCUCCUCCAAGCAAGGUUGUUUUCAACAAGCCCAAGAUACCCUGUCAUCAAAACAAGGCGGCGGGUUUGGGCACAGAAACUCUCACAGUCAAAGAAAAAAUCCUCAAGAAACCCCCAGCAUCUGAUUUGGAGGGCCAACGAAAAAGGAGGCAAGAAAGCACAGACCCACGUGUGUCAGCAGUAAGACAAGAACCUGAACUGGCAGCUCCCAAGAAACCAUCUGAAAUUGACAUGACUACUUUUCUCAAGAAGCUUAGAGAUGCUGUGCAGCCCAAACCCGCAUGUUCCAGGAUGACACCAGUGAAAGUACCUACUCUGUCUGCUGAGCUAGAGGAGGACUUCCUCAUUCUUGAGGAUGAAAAACCUCUUUGGUUUUCUAUCCCAACUAAAACUGCCACAAGAAAAAAACAGCGACAGGGCAGAACCUCCAGCUCUGACAAAGACAGUUCAACAGACAAGAGCAAGAAGGAAAGCUCGUUAGAGACGGCACAAAAACGGCAGGAAUCUGAACAGACUAAGGACACUCUGGGAAGCCAGUCUGUCCAUCAGAAAACCAAGAAGUCAAAAGGGGGAGGGACAAAGAAUAAGAUAGCUGAGCCUGGAAGUGAUAAAGACGGACUGUCUGGUCUUGAAGAACUCCCUGCAGAUGACUUAAUGUUUGAAGAGCAGCCAAAAGAAAAGCAAGGUAUUAAAAAUGCCUCUUCUAAAGGAGAAGAAGAAGAGCAACCGAAAGACGGAGCCGGGGGCGAAACAAAUAAAGAAAUAGCCCCUCUGAAGACUGAGAAGAAGGCUCAGAAGUCUUCUGACAUGAAGAGGCCAAAGUCUUCAAAAUGCAAGAGUGAAAAUGCAAAGACAAGCCGGGCUAAAUCCUUAAAGGGGGGCAGGAGAGUGACGCACGGAUCUGACGCCGUGAAAGAGACGAUGACGGCCCAGAAGGAACAAAGCUGGAGCAGUGAGGAGCACGCAGAGGCUGAAGACCUGAGCUCUCCUCCAGACGAAGAAGGUAAUUCUGAAGCUCAAACAGAAAAGGAUGUUGCAGAUGAAAAGGACAAAAUUAACAAACUCCCUGUUGCGUCCAAAGAGACCUCGUCUGAAGCAGAAGAUGUGAUUAAUUGGAAAAGGAAAAGGAGGCCGGUCGGACAGUGGUGGGCGACCCAACCGAUCACAGAGGAAGCAAAGCUUACGGACAGCCAGCCCACUGUCAAGAAGUCCAAGCAGCACAACCAGGAGCCUGUAAAGACAAAGAAGGACAGAGUUCUACAGAAAAAAAAACAGAUACAGCCAUCCCGUCCGAACCCAAAUAAAUCUAAAGGGAGGAAAACUAAACAGAGCAAAAUUAAAAAUACAAGAGAAGACAGUCGACCAGAUAAAGAACCGCAGCAUCAGGACCAGGAUGCUCUGUCUAGCCCUUUGGACCUCUCCCACAGAGACCACAGCUCUAACUUGGGGAAUCAGGUAUUUCAAAAGGUAUACCAUAACUCCUUGACUGAGAAAGUGUGCACCACAGCGGCGUCUGUCUCUCCCAGAGGGCGCCGGGAGGAACUCAGGGCCGCGGAGUCCGAGAGGAGGAGGAGGAAGCCUCCCGGGAGCUGGUGGCAGGUUGGCGACAUGUGUGAGGAAGCUGAGGGCGUCUCCCCCCGGCAGCAGCGGGCCGGACCUGCUAAGGACAGAAAAAAAGUUUCCAAACCCCGACCCGGGACUCCCAAAAACGGCAAAGCGGCGGCCUCGCCGAAACCACGAGGAGGUGCCGCCGCGCCUCUUCUGGCAACCCCAAAGACUGCUGGCCCCCUGGCCACGGUUAAAGGCUUCGAUGCCGCGGCCCCCGGGAGCGGGGCGGGUCGGAGGAGGAGCGGGCGCGGAGCCGCUGCUCCUCCUGCCCAGGACGCCGCCGUCUGCACGGUGUUCAGCGAUGGAGACUUGCUCGGUUUGGAUGCCGUGGAACCCCAAGACUCACACGACCGAUCGGCCAACAACGAGGCGCCGCAGGACAGCAACUUUCAGUCCGAGAACCAGUUGAAGUUCCUCAGAAGCGGGCCGUCCUCCAUGAUCGGGCUGAGGGAGUAUGAGGAGGACGAAGACAACUUGAUUUUUAUGGCGGACAGGUCGCCCGCUGCUCUCUCUUUGUCAGACCUGUGUGCUCCUCCUCUCAAACCGUUGAUCCUACAGCCGAAGGAUAAAGCCAACCUGACAGAGUGGUUUAGAAGUCUCUGGUCUGUUCCCGCCGACAAAGGUGGAGAGGUCUCUCCAGACCAGUUUGAGUGGUACUUCUAUCAAGGCCGAGCCAUUGGCUUCGUGUUGGACCUGAACUGUGGUUCCUUCUGUAAUGGAAAGAUCCUGCUGGGCUCCUACAUGAAGAAGCCUCUGUGGGUGGAUCACAGCGCCACAACAGUUUUUAACUUAUUAACAAGCUCUGUGAGUGUAACUAUCGACGGCAAGGAAUCCUGCUUUCAUCCCGGGCAAUCCCUCAUGGUGCCAUGUGGACAUGCCUACAGCAUCCAAAACGUCACGGCACAGCCUGCAGUGCUGUACUUCACCCGGAUACUAGCAGAAAGUUCGGAUUGAAGUUGUCACCCUGAAAGAGAAACACCCUGAGUAUGUAAAACAGAAAAGAGGACUUGGGCGGGUGCCAUUAUUUAAAAUGACAUUCUGUAUUGAAGUUGUAAAUAUAAGAUUGUUUUUUUUUAUCAACUUAUUUCAUUUAAUUCAUUCACCUGAUUCUGUUAAAACAAAAAUGAUUGUAAAUAAGGUGCUUGUUGCUGUUUUCAUUGAUUGCUUCCAGCCUCCAAGGGGCAGUGUACAGCUGUAUCACAUCAUCAUGAAAUCAAAAAACCACAUUUGUAUAUUUCAUGGUGCUGUAUAUUUGUUUUUGCCACCAGAUAAACAGUAAAGGACAAUUUGUUGUGAUUCUAAAAUACAUUACAGUACUACAGUGUUAAAAACCCUACAUGCUGUUAUUUAUUUUUUAUAUUUCCCAUUCGUUCAUUUGUAAUUGAUUUAGUUGUGCGUGCGGCUGCAGUACAUUUAACUUAACUACUUUAUAUCCUGUCGGGUAAUUAAAUCACCAUAGAAUCAAAGUUUACAAGAAGAUCAUUUGUAUUUGCUUUGUUCCCAAAGCAAAGAAAAACAAGCCCCUGCUGUCAAAAACAGUGGAGUAAAAUCCUUCUCUCUUUAGACAAAUAGUAAGUACUGCUGUUGUACUGCUAGUAGUACGAAGUACUGCUGUUGUAGUAGUACAUGGUUGAACAUAUGCAUUGCUUGAGGCAAUCAGCCCAUUAAUCUUA